GCUGGGCGCGCCGGGCGGCGGUGGCGCAUUCUGCACCAUGGCGUACCCCGGGCACCCUGGCGCCGGCGGCGGGUACUACUCAGGCGGGUACGGAGGUGCUCCCGGAGGACCCGCGUUUCCUGGACAAGCGCAGGACCCGCUGUACGGUUACUUCGCUGCGGUGGCUGGACAGGAUGGGCAGAUCGACGCUGACGAGCUGCAGAGGUGUCUGACGCAGUCGGGCAUCGCCGGAGGAUACAAACCUUUCAACCUGGAGACUUGUCGACUUAUGGUCUCGAUGCUGGAUAGAGAUAUGUCUGGCACCAUGGGUUUCAGUGAAUUUAAAGAGCUCUGGGCUGUGCUGAAUGGCUGGAGACAGCACUUCAUGAGUUCUGACACCGACAGGAGUGGGACAGUGGAGCCACAGGAGCUGCAUAAGGCCCUGACAGCAAUGGGAUUUAGGUUGAGCCCGCAGGCUGUGAAUGCCAUUGCCAAACGGUACAGCACCCACGGCAAGAUCACCUUCGAUGACUACAUCGCCUGCUGCGUCAAGCUGAGGGCUCUCACAGAUAGCUUUCGAAGACGGGACACUGGGCAGCAAGGUGUUGUGAAUUUUCCUUAUGAUGAUUUCAUUCAGUGUGUCAUGAGUGUGUAAACCACGAGGAAGCUGGGUCAGCGACACCACGUCCCAUCCGGAGCUCACACUGGGCUUACUCCUGACCUUCAGUAACCCGUACGAACUUAUCUAACGGCUGUACUGAACCGCUGUCACUUUGUGUGUAGUUUUGAUAAUAAAUUCUUUGCAACUUUA